AUGCAUGAUGUGACUUGUCUAUUGCCUUUUCCAUUAGCAAAACAUGCAAUCGCCUGUAAUUGGGUUGAAAUCUUCCCAGAUCCCUGUCGACCAAUCAGUUGGUUCUAUCCAGUGCGGGAUGAGGGGUCCGCGGAACUGGGAACGUGGCUGCUUAGGGCCGGACUCCGUUUGGGCGAGUCGUGGUUCCCGGUCGACUGGGCGAACCCUGAUGAGAAGAUAAGUAAACCCAGGCCACGUGGCAAUAUUCACGGUUGCGCCCAGUCCACUGAAGCUCGUCAAUGA